UAUACAGUGAGUCGUACUCAAACAAAGUGGUUACGUCAUUACAUCCAAAAAGAAAAUAAAACUAAAUAAAAAAUAACAUAAGCACGCUCUACAAUCUGAACAAUGACAGAAACCGGCGACUCAAAUGUCAGCAGUAGACUCCACCCAUUGCAGGCAGGCUUUAAAUCCACUUGUUUUCAGCGGAUUUCCUCAAUUCUCACGUAGUUUAGCUUGGGCAGACAGAUUUCCAUCAGCCAAAACUAAACAUGUUGUUAACUUUGUUUUCAGCGACCACAUGGACUUUGUUGGCUCUGUUUUUCACCCUGCUACUGCUAUACGCGAUCUGGCCAUUUAGGUUUUUCACAAAGCUGGGCAUACCCGGACCAAGACCUCUGCCGUUUUUUGGAACUCUACUUGGUUUCAGAAAGGGCAUGCAUGGAUUUGAUCGUGAUUGCCAAAGCAAGUAUGGGGAUGUCUGGGGGGUGUUUGACGGAAGAACGCCGCAGCUCAUGAUCGCAGACCCCGAGAUCAUUAAAACCGUGAUGGUGAAAGAGUGCUACAGUACAUUUACCAACCGCAGGAAUUUCGAAGAAUUCGGUGACACAAUGAAAGACUCCAUAACAGUUGUUAAAGAUGAACAGUGGAAACGUAUCCGAAGCACAAUAUCUCCCUGCUUCACCAGUGGGAGACUGAAACAGAUUUUUCCGAUUGUUUCCCGCUUUGCGGACCGGCUUGUUGGAAAACUCGGGCAAACUAAUUUGGAUGAACCCAUUGACCUCAAAAAAUUUGUGGCACCUUACAGUUUGGAUGCCAUCACCAGCGCAUCGUUCAGCGUUGAUGUGGACUCCAUAAACAACCCAGAGGACCCCGUUAACAUUCACAUACAGAAACUUCUUAAUUUCAGUUUUUGGCCUUUAUUUCUGAUAAUGGUGUUUCCCUUUGCUGGUCGUCUGUUGAAGUUCCUCAAAGUCGAAUUAAUGCCUCGACUCAGCAUAGAUUUUUUCUACAAAAUCAUCAAGAAUUUUAAGGACCAGCACAUAGCAGGAGAAUCGACUCGAGCGGACUUUCUACAGGUGAUGAUUCAGAAUGAGAUAGCAGAGGAAGAGAUAAAGAACGCUGAAGAACAAGCAACUAAAGGUUUGACUGAACACGAGAUCCUUUCUCAGGCCUUAAUUUUCAUCUUUGCGGCCUAUGAGACGACCAGUACAACACUCUCUUUCAUUCUCUACAAUCUGGCCACUAACCCUGAUGUGUUGCAGAGCUUGCAUGAAGAAAUUGAUGAACACCUGCAGAAAGAUGCGUCCAUUCCCUACGAGGCCCUGAAUGGCCUCCAUUACCUGGACCAGGUCAUUUGCGAGUCAAUGCGUCUGCUCCCCACUGCUCCUCGGCUGGAUAGGAUAUGCAAAAAGACUGUGGAGACUCAUGGAUUAACCAUCCCAGAGGGCACUGUGGUCGGGAUUCCUGUGUUCCUGUUACACAUGGACCCGCGUUACUGGAAAUCCCCAGAGCUUUUCAAACCGGAGAGGUUCAGUAAGGACAACGAAGGGGAGGUGAACCCGUAUGCGUACAUGCCGUUUGGCCUGGGCCCUCGGAACUGCGUCGGGAUGCGCUACGCAAUCCUGGUCAUGAAGAUGGUUCUCGUGCGUUUCCUGCAGAGUUACACUUUGGAAACGUGCAAAGAAACCAUGAUCCCACUGCAGUUCGACUGGAAGUUUCAACCACUGAAGCCAAUAAUGCUCAAGUUUGUUCCCAGAACACAGUGAUUGCUGGAAAAACUGUCCAAAAAUGUUAUCUGCACCUUGUCUACUCUCACACGCCUUUCUCUGCUUUAACAUGGUGGCAGGAUUUUAUUGCGCUGAGGGUUGUUUGAGUUUUAAAAGGAUUUUGCGUGGGUUUGAUUCAGUUAUGUUAAAGAUCUUUUCAACUUUUUAAGGUAGAACACAUGUCAUAAAACGUUUGGUUUCCUGAUUGGAGUACUCUAAGUUCUUAAUAUAUGAAUGUAUAUAUCAAUUUUAAUAAA